AUUGGCAUUGCCAUGUUGAUCAUCGCCUCCCUGGUGUCCCUCUACUACAAUGUCAUCGUCGCCUGGGCUAUCUACUACCUGGUCUCCUCCUUCCAGAGCCCCCUGCCCUGGUCCUGCGAUGCCCCCAGGAACGCAGACCUCUGCCAGAACACGUCGGGGAGCACCAGCUGGGUGAGCGCCAGCGAGGUUUUCUGGAACGAGCAGGUGCUGGGGGUGACGCACAGCUCCAGCCUCGGGGACCCUGGCACAGUGCGGUGGCCCCUUGCCCUGUGCCUGCUGACGGCCUGGGUCCUGGUCUUCCUCUGCAUGCUGAAGGGCAUCCGCAGCUUCGGCAAGGUGUGGAGUGACGCGGCCUCACAGGUCAUCUACUCCCUGAGCAUCGGGCUGGGGGGGCUUGUAUCCAUGGCAUCCCAGAACAAGUUUGAGAACAACGUCAUCCGGAACGCCUUGAUCAUCGCCAUUGGGAACUGCUGCACCAGCUUCUUCACCGGCUUUGCCAUCUUCUCAGUGCUGGGGCACAUGGCCUGGAGGAAACAAGUCCCCGUGGACAGCAUCGCUGGCUUAGGCCCCGGGCUGGUAUUCGUGGCGUUCCCUGAAGCCUUCUCCCUGCUGCCUGGCUCCCUGUUCUGGUCCAUCCUCUUCUUCCUGAUGUUCUUCACGCGGGGAGUGGACAGUUUGUUCAGGGCCAUUGGGGGCAUCGCCACAGCCAUCCUGAACAGGUUCCCAGCCCUGCGUGACCAGAGGAGGAAGACAGUGUUGCUGGGUGCUCUCUGCACCUCCUUCUACCUGCUGGGGCUCCUGCUGGUCACCCAG